AUGGCCACAAAAACCGACUGGCCUACUCUGCCUUCCCUCUCUUACGAAGAUAGUCUCUACGUCUGCGUCCAUCGCAGCCUUUCAGGGUCUGAGGCAGGGCGUGUCAAAAUCGAUGAGCUUCGGGGAAUUGGGAAGACCUUCCUUGACUUUGCUUACGCCGCCGCGCUCGCGGAGCCCCUCCCAGUCGGUACUCAGCUCGAGAUGCGUCACGAGGCAAGAGACAUCCCCGAGGCAACCACGCCCAUCAAGCUGGACAUUGAGAGCUCCUACUGGCCCUUCAUCAAUAAGUGCGUCCAGCGGUACUGUUGGCGCGAUGCUCGAGUGGUGCCGGCUGGCAUCGACUGGAGCAACCCGCAGGAAACAAGAGUCAUCUUCGAGACUCUCGUCGGAGUUCUCGCCUCCGAUGAGAUGCGUCAUGACGAAGUCUUGAAAUGGAUCAAGGCCCUUGUCAACGCCGCAUCGACCACGCACGCUCGGUGCCCUUGA